GGUGAGCUUUCUGAAAUUACGCUGACAUUGUUGGCUAACUUUGCUAGCUGUUAGCAUUGUGCAGUCGUUCGCUGGGCAAAUUAUUGCUACUGUAGCAGUUAAUCGAGACGACGCUAACAGUUGGUAACAUUAGCCUCCAGCUUUGCAUUGUGCUCCAGGUGAAAAUAGACCUGAGAGAAGAUUGAUGAUCCAGGUGUUUUCUAGUGUUUGAAACGUAAUUCAAGCAACUGUUAGGAAACUUGACUUGUACCCUGGUGAGUGGCAGUUUUCCUUUGAGCACGGAGAGGUCUGAGUGAAGGCUGAAAGAUGGUCUGAUGGACCGCCGCUUCUUCCUGACCUUCCUCGUCUGUUCAGUGUUGUGGAUCUUCUUCUGGGAAGUACGCUGGAAGAAAGGAAAGGAAAGUCAGAUUGAGGAAUGGCUCCAAGGACAUAGCCUCUCUCAAUACAGGCACUUGUUUGAAGAUGUACAGACACUGGAGGAACUGAGUCUCAGUGUACUGAGUCGUCUGGAAGAGGUGGUAAAGGAACAGCAGCGCUGGAGGGAAAUUGCAGAGGCCCAUAUCCUGCUGUUUAGAGACUUUGCCUUCCAGGAGUGGCUUUGCUCCCAGAACCUGGAGCACUAUUACCAUACACUGAAGACCUUGCGUUGUAUGAAUCUGGACGAUCUAUCCCAGUUUGACAGUCAGCUGCAGCUGUCUCUAGCUGCUUGGGGAUACUACUACGAAGACUACCUAAAGUUGUCUACAGGCAUCAGGAUCCUCCAAAACUCCAGAGGGAGUCGUGACCAAGACUACGAGAUCCGGCUGGUACACAGCCUUGCUGUGAGGCGUCUGAAUGAGAAGUGGACGAUUGCGGGAGCUCUCAUAUUUGGCUGUACUGUGGCGCUGUGCUUCUUGAUAAGGGACCUCAUGUUUUACGUGAUUGGUGGAAUUACUGUUUCCAUCAUAGCGUUUGUCUUCACCAUCAAGUUCCUCUGUGAGCUUGCAGCGCGGGUGGUCAGUUUCCUGCAGAAUGAGGAUCCAGGGCGACGCGGUGACCGCAGCAUCUACGACUAUGUCCGGGGCAACUACCUUGACCCACGUUCCUGCAAGGUGUCAUGGGAUUGGAAGGAACCGCAGGAAGUGGGGCAGACUAUGAGCUUUAGAGUCCAGCUGUUCUAUAAGAAUGGACAGCCUUUUCCGGCCCACCGGCCUGUGGGGCUGAGGGUCAACAUUACUCACAUCGAAUUGGCUCUGGACAUCCCUGUUACACAGGAGGUUCUGCAAGAACCAGAGUCUAAUGUAGUCAAAGUGGCCUUCACUGUGCGCAAGGCCGGACGCUAUGAGGUUGCUGUCAAGCUGGGUGGCCUCAAUGUGGCCUACAGCCCUUAUUACAAGAUAUUUCAGCCAGGUACAGUUGUCCCAUCCAAAACCAAGAUAGCCUACCAUUUCUCCACCCUGGUGCUAACAAAUGGCCAGCAGCACACUUUGCAGAUUGAGCCCAGGGACGAGUAUGGAAACCCCACCAGUAACUCCACAUCUCUCACAGAUGAAGCCAACUACAGCAUCCAUGUGCACUCUCUGGGCACGGUGGAUGAUGACGGUCUGGAGGAGUACUACAGUAAGUCCGUGUCGCUCAACAAGCAGCAGUGCCAGGUUCUGCUGCGGCUGGUUCUGAGGAAGACAGGCUGUUUCAGGGCCCGCAUCUCCUACAAGGACCAGCCGCUCAGCAACGGGGAAUUUGACAUUAUUGUUCUCAGUGAGAAUGAGAAGACCUGUGUGGAGAAGAAUGUGUCCACUCCAGGCAUAAGUAUCUACUUUGAGGCAUACCUUUACAGCAAUGGGAACUACAGUUCCUCGUGGCAGUUACCAGCCUCCUCUUUCCUGGGUCCUCAGAGGAGGCCCUCCAUGGGAGAAGAGGAGGAUGAGCAUGACUCUCCUGUGGAGGGACAACCUGAGAAAGUUAAGAAACCAAAAAAGGUCUACUGUUACAUAUCGCCAAAGCAACUAUCCGUGAAGGAGUUCUACCUGAAAAUUAUUCCGUGGCGCCUUUUCACCUUUCGAGUAUGUCCAGGAACGAAGUUUACCUAUUAUGGUCCUGACCCAGUUCACAAGAACCUAACUCUAGUGGUGGAUGAUGGGAUACAGCCUCCUGUGGAGCUCAGCUGCAAAGACAGAAACAUCAUGGCUGCCACCUUCAUUCGCUUCUUGCACAAGAACAUUGGUGGCUCUGAAACGUUUCAAGAUAAGGUGAACUUCUUCCAACGUGAGCUCAGGCACAUUCACUCCAAGAGACCUCGCACCAAGACCUGCCUAAAAAUCACUCGACACUCCCUUCUGGACUCAUCCCUGAAGGCUACCAGGAACUUCUCUGUGUCAGACUGGAGUAAGAACUUUGAGGUUGUGUUUCAGGAUGAAGAAGCUCUAGACUGGGGAGGACCUCGCAGGGAGUGGUUUGAGCUGGUGUGUAAGACCCUCUUCGACACCUCCAACCAGCUGUUCACCCGCUUCAGUGACAACAACCAGGGCCUGGUGCACCCAAACGCUGACCGGCAACCCCAACUACGUCUUAAGAUGUAUGAGUUUGCAGGUCGGAUCGUAGGGAAGUGUCUGUAUGAGUCUGCCCUGGGUGGGGCCUACAAACAGCUGGUCCGAGCUCGCUUUACACGGUCCUUCUUGGCCCAAAUCAUUGGCCUCCGGAUGAACUACAAGUACUUUGAGACGGAUGACCAGGAGUUCUACAAAACUAAGGUCUGCUUCAUCCUAAACAAUGACGUGAGUGAAAUGGACCUGGUGUUUGCCGAGGAGAAGUACAGCAAGUCGGGACAGCUGGAGAAGGUGGUGGAGCUGAUAUCAGGGGGUUCUCAAAUCGCUGUUAACAAUGAAAACAAGAUGCAUUAUCUCAACCUCCUGGCCCAGUACAGACUGGCUAGCCAGGUGAGAGAGGAGGUGGAACACUUCCUGAAAGGUUUGAACGAACUGGUUCCAGAAAACCUGCUAGCCAUAUUUGAUGAGAAUGAGUUGGAGUUGCUGAUGUGUGGCACCGGCGAUAUUAACGUGCAGGACUUCAAGGCCCAUGCAGUGAUUGUCGGAGGAUCGUGGCACUUCAGAGAGAAAGUGAUGAAGUGGUUCUGGGCCGUGGUGUCCAGCUUCACCCAGGAGGAGUUGGCUCGUUUGCUGCAGUUCACCACCGGCUCCUCUCAGCUCCCCCCUGGAGGAUUCAACACCCUUUGCCCCUCCUUCCAGAUAAUUGCUGCGCCCACACACAGCACCUUGCCCACUGCACACACGUGUUUUAACCAGCUGUGCCUCCCUACGUACGAUUCCUAUGAAGAGCUGCACAAGAUGUUGAAGCUGGCCAUCAGUGAGGGCAGUGAGGGCUUCGGUAUGCUCUGACUCUCCCAUCACUCGCACUGUGGUUCCACUUGUACAAGAGGAGACCAGCACUGCCCACUCCAGUGCACCGGUUUCCUGCAUUAAUCAGCAUUUAACAGUGGGCUUCUUGGGAUGAGAAUUCCCCCCAAACUCCCUACGAAUACUCUCUCUGAACGAGAGGCCGUUCCAGGAAGUCCCAGAAGGCUGUCGUGAAAAUGGAACUCGAUCAUUUGAACUCCAGUGCUACUGUAUAUAAAAUAGCUCGCUUUUGUAAAAUAAAAAAAUAAAAAAUAGGACACCAGGAACUGCUGAAAAAGGCGAGGUUUGGUUUAGUUGUAUUUCUUAAUGCUAAAGUUUGCUUAGUUUUAUAUGUUUGAAAGACAAAAGAUGCUAGAGCAAAGGCCUGGACUAUUACUUUAUAACUGCUUCUUUUGCAUUUUGCAAACUGAGGAACACUUAAGUGCAACAGCGGCCUACGAGUGAUGUGCACUUUGGCCUUAAUUGAUCAGGGACUGAUAUGUGUUUGUAAAUAUAUAAUAUCACUCUUUUAUUCAAAUAAUUGUACAUACUAGUGUGUAUACAUAGGUUUUCAUCUCAUUACCUUUUUUGGUUUGACUUUUAAGGAGAAGGGAUUUCUUUAUUGUUGCACGUUUGAUGGGUUGCAAGUUUGUAUAUUUUCUAUCAGUUUUUUUUUCAUCUCCAAAGCGAAUGGGUUUUAAAAGAAGCCAAGUAAUUUCUAUUGUUUAAGAAUGUUUUUAAUGUAUUGUUUCUUGAAACAAAUAUUUGUGUUGACCCAUACUGAUGAAAAUAUGUUUGUCUGAAGUGGUAAAUAUUUUUGUUAUGUUUUAUAACCUGCCUUAUUUAUGCCCUUUGCCUCUGAUUGUAUCCAGCGAGGUGCGUAGGUGAGAGAAGCAUAGCCGACAGUAGUAAGUAAUCCAGUUGGUGUAUUAUGGCAUUUCUACUACUACAUGCAGGGGUCACUGUGGAUGUUGGGUAGAGGAUAUAUAUAACACACAUUUUGUUAUAUAUGCUGUAUCCUUUUUAUACUUUUUCAUUCACAGCCUUUUUAUGGGUUUACCUCGGAAUCUCCUAUGCCACCUAUUCAUCCUCUGACAAAGGUGCAUAUGUGCUCAAGCACACAUAUGGUAAAGCAUACACAUCCAGUUUGUUCAUAGCGGCCUCCUUCCUGUCCUGUAACCUCUAGCCAUUCGAACUCACUGGUCAGUAAACUGAAGCAUUAUAUUUGUUUUGUUUUUAUGUAAAUCUUUUUAUUUUUAAUCCUUAAUUAGUAUCGUCAAUAUCCUGAGCCAACAGUUGUUCCCCCCCCCCCCCCCCCCCCCCCCUUUCCUGUUCAUAAAUGUGUAGCAAUUAUUUUGCUGUUCCAGUUAACAUUUUUAGUAGCCAUUUUGUAAUAGUGUGUGCUGCCAGUCAGAGUGUUUGUAAAGCAUUUAAGACAGUUCAUGUUUAGACUACGAAGCAAAAAUUUGAAUUUGAUUUGAAUAUGUUCAUGUUCCCCACCGAGCACUUUGGGUCCAGUUUCACUUCUUACAAUAUUUUCACAGUUGGCGGUAAAAUCACUAGGGAUUUAAUUUCAUUGUUGUUGUUGAAGGGCACAUUUUGACUAGUUGCUGCAGUUAGGGAUUAACUGGGUUGGCUGACUGAAGCUAACACAGUGUCCGCUGAGUUUUGAUGAGAAUUUGCUUGUGCAUUAGAUUACCUUUUACGGUGUUAUGAGGUUUAUAAGAAGGCUAAUGGAUUUGUGAUUGUUUGGGUUGUGCAAUGUUGACCUGAGAACAGUGAAAACGUGCUUAUGGAAAUGUUUAAUUAAGGGUGUGUUUUCAACACCAAUACCAAUGGCUGAUAUCAUAUUUACAAGAAGUAAAAGUAGUUUACAUGUGUUAGUUUUCAUUAGAUAUGACCAUUAUAAACCAAAAUGAAGGAGGUCUGUCCUGUAGUUUUAUGUUCUUGUUUAAUGUUUUGCUUUUCAUGAGCAUCUACUAUUCUGUUUUAUAUUUGGAUUGUUUCUGGUUUAGAUGGCCUGAGCGCAACUUUUAGCAAUGUAGAUAUUGUGAAAGAUAUUUGACUUUAAAGCUGGGAUACUUUUGUUUUUUUAAUGGCGAGCUGACGAGUGUUUGAGAUUCUUCUCACUGAAGUUCUUUUUUGUUUAUGGGAAUAAAAAUGAUGGACU